AUGGAGAGUCUUAGGGAUGGUACGCUGGUGGGACUCGGCAACCCACUGCUGGACAUUUCGGCCGUGGUUGAGAAGGAUCUACUGAGCAAGUACGACAUGCAACCGAACAAUGCGAUACUGGCCGAACCGAAACACAUGCCAAUCUAUCAGGAGCUGAUAGAGAAGUACCAGGCGGAGUACAUUGCCGGUGGUAGUGUGCAGAAUUCGCUACGCGUUGCCCAGUGGAUCCUGCGAAGGCCUGGUACAGCCGUAUUUUUUGGCUGCGUCGGUCAGGAUGAGUACGCCCGCAUUCUUGAAGAGCGUGCCACGGGCAAUGGUGUAAACGUGCAAUAUCAACGGUCAUCGACCAAUCCGACUGGAACGUGUGCCGUACUGAUAACGGGCACACAGCGUAGCCUUUGUGCCAAUCUGGCCGCCGCAAAUGAUUUCACCCCGGAGCAUUUACAAACCCCGGCCAAUCAGGCGUACCUCCAGGGAGCGCAGUUCUUCUACGUGUCGGGUUUUUUCUUUACGGUUAGCUUCGAAAGUGCGCUCAGCGUAGCGAGGCAGGCGGCCGCCAGUGGGCGAAUGUUUAUGAUGAAUCUUAGCGCGCCGUUUGUGCCACAGUUUUACAAGAACAAUCUUGAGGAAAUAUUCCCCUUAGUGGAUGUGCUGUUUGGCAAUGAGACGGAAGCGGUAGCAUUAGCGAAAGAGUUCAACUACGGUACGGAAGAUUUGCGGGCAAUCGGGAAACGAAUUGCGGCACUACCGAAGGAAAACGACAAACGCAAACGUGUGGUAAUUAUUACGCAAGGAAGCGAUCCGGUGCUGCUGAUCGAGAGCGGUUCCGACAACAUUCGUGAGUUUCCGGUACAAAAACUAGCGCCGGAAGAAAUGGUCGACACGAACGGUGCGGGCGAUGCAUUCGUCGGGGGCUUUCUGGCACAACUGCUGCAAGGUUGCAGUGUCGAUGUGUGCAUCCGUUGUGGCAUUUGGGCAGCGCGGGAAAUUAUCCAACGGUCCGGGUGCACGUUCGAUGGAGAACCAUCUUUCUGUGCAACGAAAAAUUGA